AUGUCUCAACCUACUGCACCAGUCGAACGUAUCGGUUGCUCGAUGCGUGACUUUACUGAUCAGCAGUUUCGUACUUUCAAUGGAACUCAAGGACAUACAGUAGUUGAAGCUUGGAUUUCAGAUAUCCAACUGCUGCAUGACACACUCAAGUGUACAAAUGAGGAAAAGUUGACAUACACCGUAUUAAGGCUAACUGGUGAAGCCCUUAAGUGGUGGAAGUCCCAGGUAGAGCUAAUAGGACUUGGUGUUGUUAUCACGUGGGAAAGGUUUGUUGAGGAAUUCAACAGGCAAUAUUUCCCAAGGUCACAAAAGCAGUUAAGAGCUAUUGAAUUUCAGAACUUGGUGCAAGACAGAACGUUUGAAAAUGGUCUUAACUCUCGUAUCAAGGAAAGAGUUGUCUGCCAUGAGAUCAAGAACUAUGCUCGAUUAGUAAACGUAUCAUCCCUUGCUGAGAGGGCAAUUGGUGAGACAUCUGCAGCUUACGAACAUAGGAAACGGUCAAUGCCUCAGGCAUCCUAUCCGUCUAAACGAUUUGUCGUAGGGACUGGCUCCAAACCAGUGGAUCACCAGAAUUUUUCUCCUCCAGUAGGAAGUCAGAAGGUUGCUUGUCCCAAAUGUGGAAGAAUGCAUUUUGGAGAUUGCAGGAGCGAAAGUACCGGCUAUUUUCGAUGUGGUCAAAAGGGGCAUUUUAAGAAGGAUUGUCCGAUGAAUACUACGGGGGAAGCUGGAGCACAAAGGAAUGACUUCCAACAAAGAAGGCCUGCUCAAGCGAGAGUAUAUACGUUGAACCCCGUAGAUGACGAUGAGAAUGAUGAAGCGAACAAGGAUAUAGUGACAGGUACCAUUUCUCUAUUUGGUACUCUUGCGUGUACUCUCUUUGAUUCUAGAGCUACACAUUCAUUCAUUUCUGCAUUAUAUACUAAGAUUUAUCAUAUAAAUACACGACCAUUUGGGCAAGAUUGGUCGGUACAAACACCAGGAUGA